AUGGACCCUCGCCCUAGCUUUCUCCCGCCGCCCACUUCUUCUCCCGUCGCUCUCGCUUGCCCCCGACACCCACUCCUUCCCCCGUCGCCCACUCUCUUUCCGCCGUCACCCUCCCUUUCCCCCGUCCCCGUUGCCCUCACUUUCCCCCCUUUGCCCACUCCUUCUCCCGUCGCUCUCGCUCUCCCCCGCCGCCCACUCUUUUUCCCGUCGCUCUUGCUUUCCCCCGCCGCCCACUCCUUCUCCCGUCGCUCUCGCUUGCCCCCGACACCCACUCCUUCCCCCGUCGCCCACUCUCUUUCCGCCGUCACCCUCCCUUUCCCCCGUCGUCAUUGCUUGCACCGUCGCUCUCGCAUUCGGUCGUCGGUCGCGCACUCCUCGCUGAUCGGCUUCCCCCGUCGCUUUUAUUUCACACCUUUGCCCUCGCUUUCCCCCUUGAUACCCCCCUUAGCCCGUCGCCCUCGCUUUUCCCCCUUCGCCCACUCCUUCUCCCGUCGCUCUUGCUCUCCCCCGCCGCCCACUCCUUUUCCCGUCGCUCUAGCUUUCCCCCGCGGCCCACUCCUUCUCCCAUCGCUCUCGCUUGCCCCCGACAACCACUCCUUCCACCGUCGCCGUCGCUUUCCCCCUUGCUCCUCCCUUUCCCCCGUCGUCAUUGCUUGCCCCGUCGCUCUCGCAUUCAGUUGUCGGUCUAGCACUCCUCGUUGA